AUGAUUGGAAAGAACGCUACUGCACGACACCAUCGUCAUGCUGCAUUUCCAACGCUAUUGGUGAGUAGUCACUUUCUUUUCCCCCUGUGCUGGUGUCAUCGCCUUCAGGGGAUUCCCAUAGGCCUGGCCGCUGCAGUGCCAUACAUCCUCCAGUCCGAGACGAACACCGCCAGCUACCAGCUGCAAGCCACCUUCUCUUGGGUCACCUGGCCGUUCGCCAUGAAGCUCGCCUGGGCGCCUUUAGUCGACGCCGUCUACUCGACCCGUAUGGGUCGUCGUAAGUCUUGGCUGUUGCCCAUCCAGUUGGCCCUGGGCGCUGAUCUACUCGUGUUGUCCAACCACGUGGAUUAUUGGUUGGGCCGGCCGCCCGGUGACCCUUGGGGCCGUCUUGGCUCCACCUCGCCGGUGGACAUAUAUCGCCUCACGAUCGCCUUCUUCGGGCUCACUUUGCUGGCUGCCACGCAGGACAUUGUGGUGGAUGGUUGGGCGCUGACAAUUCUCUCAAAGUGA